GGGAAAGUGAACCCGAACCAACUGCAGAAGGAGAAAGUGAACCCGAACCAACUGCAGAAGGGGAAAGUGAACCUGAACCAACUGCAGAAGGAGAAAGUGAACCCGAACCAACAGCAGAAGGAGAAAGUGAACCUGAACCAACAGCAGAAGGAGAAAGCGAACCUGAACCAACAGCAGAAGGAGAAAGUGAACCUGAACCAACUGCAGAAGGAGAAAGUGAACCUGAACCAACUGCAGAAGGAGAAAGUGAACCCGAACCAACGGCAGAAGGAGAAAGUGAACCUGAACCUACUGCAGAAGGGGAAAGUGAACCUGAACCAACUGCAGAGGGAGAAAGCGAACCUGAACCAACAGCAGAAGGAGAAAGCGAACCAACUGCAGAAGGGGAAAGUGAACCUGAACCAACAGCAGAAGGAGAAAGAACCUGAACCAACUGCAGAAGGAGAAAGUGAACCCGAACCAACUGCAGAAGGAGAAAGUGAACCUGAACCAACAGCAGAAGGAGAAAGCGAACCUGAACCAACUGCAGAAGGAGAAAGUGAACCUGAACCAACUGCAGAAGGAGAAAGUGAACCUGAACCAACUGCAGAAGGAGAAAGUGAACCCGAACCAACGGCAGAAGGAGAAAGUGAACCUGAACCUACUGCAGAAGGGGAAAGUGAACCUGAACCAACUGCAGAGGGAGAAAGCGAACCUGAACCAACAGCAGAAGGAGAAAGCGAACCAACUGCAGAAGGGGAAAGCGAACCUGAACCAACAGCAGAAGGAGAAAGUGAACCCGAACCGACAGCAGAAGGAGAAAGUGAACCAGAACCAACAGCAGAAGGAGAAAGUGAACCUGAACCAACUGCAGAAGGAGAAAGUGAACCAGAACCAACAGCAGAGGGAGAAAGUGAACCUGAACCAACGGCAGAAGGAGAAAGUGAACCUGAACCAACAGCAGAAGGAGAAAGUGAACCAGUACCUGAACAUGAAGGUGAACCAGAACCCUUUUCAAAUUCAACCGCUGAACCAGAACCAGAAGGAGAGCCUUGGCCCGAGCCUGGACCAGAUUGGAAUAAAGCUUUUGACUUGCUUGGACCGGCUUGGGGCUUACAUAUAUAUGGUUUUGCCAUCGGGUUUAUACUUGUUGGGACGUAUGCCAGUCAUGUUGUCAUGAGUGUCUUUGGAGACAGGCAUCGUACGGGCUCCAGGUCACUUACUGCAACCUUAAACACACUUCUCUUAAUAUUUGGGGUCACUCGGUCCAUCUCACUCUUUGUAAAUCCAUACGGAGCGCGAGAAAAUACACCAAUUCUCCUCUCCCGCAUGAUGUGGUCCAUUGGGUUUCCUUGUCUCACAGCUGUUCUUUCCACACUGUUACUCGUUCUUAUCGAUACAACAAAGGUUUCUUUGGCGCCUCCUCGCUUUCAAAAAUUCUCUGCUGUUGCACGAGUUUGUGGUGUACACUUCUUAGUAGUUCUAGGAACGGACGUUCUCGUUUCAUUUUUCAUCGACAUGAAAGGGUUGCUGCUUAUGUGUCAAAUAAUCUACAUAACAUGGAGUGCACUUUUAGCGGUUGGUUAUUUCAGGGUCAGUCAACUCAUCAAAGCGAAUUUCAAGUCUAGUUUGAGUCAGAAGAAAAACAUGCAAGGAAGUCAAGAUAAGAAAGCCAUGCGUCUUCAUCGCAACAUCAUGGUAUGCAGUGGGAUAGCCGUUGCGAGCUGCUCGACUCACAUAUACGGUGCAUUUGGUGUGUUUGGUAUCUUCUCUGACCUGGUGGUGGUACCAGCCUGGCCUUGGUGGGCGUUCCAGAGUCUUAUGAGACUUGAGGAAAUCCUCAUGGCUGUUCUUGUAUUUAUACUCGCGGGUAAAGCGAAGAAGGUGAACGACGUCCGAGACGCAAAGAGAACUGGUAUCUCCAAGAUUUUCCAUUCAGCCAUUGAGCGUUUCAAUCCUGGCGGGAGAUAUGCCAGAAGAAAGCAGGUGUCGCCACUGACGUCAGCAACAGAGUGUAGAGGGACGCCCUCUCAGGGUAGGGUUAAGAGGGCCUGGCCCAAGGGAAAAGAGGUUACUAGUUGUGUUGGUAGUGUUACUGUUGGAGACUUCGGUGCCCUACCUCCUGUUCGGUCAUAGGUGCAGCUGAAGAGACAUGUUUACCAAUGCACUCAUUAAUGACUACCUUUUAAAACCAACGUUCUACACGACAACCUGAAAUCUAGCCAUAGACUUGCCAGACGUAGCAACGGGUAAUAUCAUAUUGAAAUAUGCUUACUUGAGUUCAGCACGGAUGUUCUGUACCAUAUUAUCAAUGCGAACCCCACUCUCCAAAAUAAAGAUAAGGGCACUUUGGUUGAAUA